CAACCAUUGUAUAAAUACUCAAAAAGCACAGCUUCCUUUUCCCUGUUCAUCUCCAACCUGGAAGCACUUAUCUCUUCUUCUUCUUCUUCUUCUUCUUCUUCUUCUUCUUCUUCUUUGUGUGUGUCUAGUUGAGUAGAAGAAGAGCUUUGGGUUGUGCUUUGUGUGGAUAGGAAGUGUGUUGAUUGGGGUGGUGAUGGUGGCAAUGAAGGGAAGGAGUUGUGCUAAGAACUUGUGUUUUUUUGCUGCAUUUCUCUUGUUUCAGACUCUGGUCUCUGCUCAGAAAGGGAAAGGCAUCACCUUGGCUUACCUUGAGUGGUUCUGCUCCAGCUAUUAUAGCUAGGGGUGGAUUCUCCGGGCUAUUGCCCGAUUCUAGUACACUUGCAUACAAUUUUGCUCUGGUAGUUGGUUCACCUGAUACGAUCUUAUGGUGCGAUGUGCAAUUAACAAAGGAUGGCAUCGGUAUUUGUCUACCGAAUCUCGCAAUGCAGAAUUGCACCGACAUUUCUCGGUUGUAUCCUCAGGGGCACAAAGUGUACUCCGUCAAUGGUGUGCAAACAACAGGGUGGUUUCCGGUGGAUUACAACGCUGCUCAACUUGUGAAUGUUUCAUUAGUGCAGGGUAUUUUUUCUCGAACCGAUAAAUUUGACUCUGUUUUUCCGAUCCUUGGAGUUGAAGAUGUGGUAACACAAUUUCAGCCACCCGGCUACUGGUUGAAUGUACAGCAUGAUUUAUUCUACACUCAGCAUAACUUGAGCAUGAGAAGUUAUGUGCUUUCAGUAUCGAAAAGCAUAAUCGUCGACUACAUAUCUUCUCCCGAAGUUCGUUUCCUGAGUAGCAUAGCUAACAGAUUUAAUGGAAGCAAGACAAAGCUUGUGUUUCGAUUUCUUGGGCAGAAUAUUCAGGAACCGACUACGAACCAAACUUAUGGUUCUCUACUGAAAAACCUUACUUUUAUUAAGACAUUUGCGUCGGGAAUUCUAGUUCCCAAGAACUACAUUUGGCCUUUGACACCUGAUCAAUAUCUGCAACCUCACACCUCUGUUGUUGCCGAUGCUCAUAAAGCCAAGUUGGAAGUGUAUGCUUCUGAAUUUGCAAAUGACGGGACCAUUGCUUACAAUUACAGCUACGAUCCAUUAGUUGAAUAUCUUAACUUUGUCGACAAUGGUGACUUUUCGGUUGAUGGUGUGCUAACCGAUUUUCCAAUUACUCCAGCUGAGGCCAUAAAUUGCUAUUCACAUCUAAACAAAAAUAGUUCUGGUCUUGCAAAGCCUGUGAUUAUCUCACACCACGGAUCGAGUGGCAUCUACCCGGAAUGUACUGAUCUUGCUUAUCAACAAGCAGUCAGCGAUGGAUCUGAUUUUAUCGACUGUCCUGUCCAAAUUACACAAGAUGGAGUUCUUGUAUGUAUGGGUUCAAUAAACCUCAUGGACGAUACAACAGUUACAAAAUCGUCUUUCAAUACCCGCCUUACUACGAUACCAGAAAUUCAGACGAAUCCUGGAAUUUUCACAUUCAACCUCACAUGGGAAGAAAUUCAAACUCUAAAACCCAUGAUAGAAAACCCGGAGGUAACUUAUUUAUUAUAUCGAAACCCAAGAAGCGCAAAUGCAGGAAAUUUCAUGACAUUGUCGAGUUUCUUGUCGUUCACCAAAGACAAAAAAUUGUCUGGAGUCUUGAUCGAAAUUGAGAAUGCCGCAUUUGUUGCAGAGAAAUUGGGGGCCAGUGUGACUGAUGCAGUAAUCAGUGCAUUGAACGACUCCGGUUACAGCAAUCAAACAACUCAACAAGUCAUUAUCCGAUCAAGCAACAGCGCAGUCCUCGUCAAACUCAAGCAGCAAACAAAGUACAAGCUCGAGUACAUGGUCGAUGAAUCAAUCCGUGACGCCGACAACGCGUCGAUCACAGACAUAAAAAAGUUUGCUGAUUCCGUCUCGAUCAACAAGCAAUCUAUAUUCCCGAAGACGGCAGGAUUUAUCACCACCCAAACAGGAGUUGUCAAAAGAUUAAAAUCUGCUGGGCUUGCGGUGAAUGUAUAUUUUCUGCAAAAUGAGUUUGUAUCACAAGCAUGGGAUUUCUUCUCGGACCCGUACAGCGAGAUCACUAAUUUUGUUAACGUUAACGGAGCCAAUGUUGAUGGCAUCAUUACCGAUUUCCCGGCGACAACAAACUUAUACAGAAGAAAUGCAUGUCAAAAUAUGGGAAACAAUACACCUACUUACAUGCUACCGGUACAAGUUGGUCCACAAGGACUGAUAGGACUGAUCAAGGAUCCUCGAGCGCAGCCACCGGCAUUGGCUCCGAUGCCGGUGUUAGAUGCCGCAGAUGUGGUGGAGCCGCCAUUGCCUUCAGCAGCGGUCAAACCACCGGCCUCUGUAACACCACCGACAUCAACACCGCCACCACCGCCAUCUGGUGGAAACAAAUGUAAUGUUUCAUUCUUGUUGGUAUCAAUUUUUGUGAUCUUUGGUUCAGUGAUUCUCAUCUGAGACAACAAUCACUUGUAAUUUUUUUCGUUCUUCAUUUUG